UUGGUGGAGGGAUAACUUCCGGCCACAUACAAACAUUUGUCAACUCACCUGUCAGAACUGUCAAAGUAAAAGAAACAAAACAAGAAAAUGUCAGGUUUUGGCGAUAAUUUUGAUUCUGAAGUCGAUCCAGCUGCGGAAUUUUUAGCAAGAGAACAAGACGAACUUGCCGGAUUAGAAGAUGACGUUAAACCCGCAGCAAUUAGCGUUUCUGCAGUCAACGGAGAUGAUCCAACCAAUACAAAUUCAGCCAGCAGUUUCGAAAUGGUUGAAAAUAAUGAACAAGAUGGAAUUGAUGUAAAAACAGAGCCUAACGAUGAUUUUCUUUUUUCCACCAAUGAUAAUGAGUUUAAUGAUCAGUUUUUAUUCUCAACAAAUGAGAAUAUUGAUUAUGAUUUUCAACAGAUAAAUAAAGACAUUAAUGAUGCUAUUUAUGAUAGAGCUACUCCAUCUCCUCCAAGAAACGAAGCCAGAGAAGAACCAGAGAAAAUUAAAAAAUGGCGUGAGGAGCAGGUGAAACGCCUUGAAGAAAAAGGUAUAAAACAUCUUUUUCUUAAUUUACUCCUAAAGGCACAAAUCCAUUUUGAAUACAAGUUGAUUCACCUAAAAAAUAUGUACUUUAUUUUAGACAAGGAAGAGGAAAAGAAAAAACUUGAAUUAAGAGAAGUUGCUAAGAAGGAAUUGGAAGAUUGGUAUAAAAAUCACGCUGAUACUAUCGAAAAAACAAAAGCGGCCAAUAGGAGCGCCGAAAAGCAAUUUGUGGCCGAAGAAGACGCAAUUCAACCCGGAACCGAAUGGGAAAGAAUCGCAAAAUUGUGCGACUUUAAUCCAAAAGCGAAACAAGGCAGCAAAGACGUGUCGCGCAUGCGCUCUAUCAUCUUGCAGAUGAAGCAAUCCCCCGUACCAAUCAAAAACUCCGCCUAAUCUUAAUAAUUAUAAGAACAAAAUAGCUAAAACUUUAUUUUCUUUUUCUUCGUUCAUAUUUAAAUCGAGCUUGUAUUUAUAUAUUAUUUAAGACAAUAUAAUUUUCUUUUACUUUGUUACAUGUUACUGAUUAUAGUUGUAUUAUGUAUAUGAUUGUACUAAGGAAUUUAGGCUAAGAAAUAAAUAUUUAGUAAUAUGUUUAA